CCCCUUUUCACAACCCGUGUAGAGUUCCUCGAUACUGACCGUCGCGUCGCUCUCUCCUACCAGCGGGCCAAGUUGCUUAUGAGGACAUUCAAUCUCACUGCUGCUGAUGUUCAGCACUGUUCCUCCACGUACUGGGCGAUGAUGACGGACCCCAUCAUGGCCUUGGACACUGCCAUGUUCACUAUCCUCGCCGCACAUGUCGGGCUCACGAUCGGCACUCUCUCCCGUCACCUCCACAAACGUCCCGACUUUAAACCGCUCAUUAACCGUCUGCUCCGAUUCGAUACUGUCGGCAUUUAUUUGCUGUCGGAGCGUGGACACGGCUUGGACGCGUUCAAUGUCGAGACAACCGCUACCAAGACCGCCGAAGGCUUCGUGAUCAAUACACCACGAGAGGAGGCAUGCAAAUUCAUGCCCGCCUCCACUCCGUCCUUCGGAAUCCCCAAGGUAGCGCUCGUCAUGGCCCGUCUGAUCGUGUCCGGAGAAGACAGGGGCCCACGCUUCUUCGUCGUGCCUAUCUGCAACGAACGCGAGAUGUACGCAGGCGUGGAAUCGAUCCGGCUCGGUCCUCGCCCAGGAACCAGCCCCCUCGACUUCUCCAUCACCCGAUUCAACAACGUCCGUGUUCCCCCCUCCGCGAUUGUAUCGUCGGAUCCAGCCGACCUCUCACGGCCUGUCGCUCCGCUUGCAGCGUGGUGGGACGAGGUCUGGCGGAUACCACUUGGCACGCUCGCUGUCACCGCACCGUGGAUAUCCUCGCUCAAAGCUGCGGCGUUUGUCGCCGGGCGCUACUCUGCACAUCGGUCGCUCGUCGGGAAGGGGUCCGAGCCAAUACCGAUUAUCACGUUCCGCACGCAGCAGUGGCCGAUAACGCACGCUGUCGCUGUCGCGCAUGUGCUCGGCGCCUGGUAUCCCCGGGCUGCAGAGAUGAGCGCAGAUCGAAGUCUUGACCCUCGCGUGCGACAUGCGCUCGCCGUGAUCGUGAAGACGACGGCAUGCCGACAGUUCCAGCGGUGUGUUCCGGAGAUAGCAGAGCGGUGUGGUGCCCAGGGCACGUUUGAGCACAAUUUCAUGGCGCGUACAGAGAACGACGGUAAAGGCGUGAUCAUUGCGGAGGGCGACAUCAUGACCCUCUGCAUCCGCCUAUUCUCCGAGCUCGUCCAGCAGAAAUAUGCGAUCCCGCUGCCAGAUGUCGAGUCGUCGAUUCUCGCUGCGCACGCACAUGGCGUAGUGCAAGAAAAUGUCGACUUGUUGCGAGAGUUCCCGGGAGGUCACCGAGAUCCCGCCUUCGACGCACUUGUGCUCCCCCAAGCCGAAGCAUCGGUCGAAGCGCUUGGGCAUGCCCUCGCGUACGCCGCUGCCGCUGCAUCGGGACUCCCACAACCACUGCUUGACGUCUAUGAGGCUGGUGUCGUGCGUCGCGAUCCUGCGUGGUACUCGGAGAACCUCGCCAUCACGCGUAUGCGCCAACGAAUCCGCGAGGACGCGGCAGUCGCAUCGGCAGUAUCUCAUCUCCCAAUAUACCUCGACACACUGGGCAUAGAGGAGUACGUCUCGGCUCCUAUCGUCAGCGACGCUGCGUGGAAGGCGUACUAUGCGGACAUGACCGUUCACACCGGGAGCGCGCCGGCCCCAGCGGACGUUGUGCAGGCUGUUCUAUGAUUCAUUGCAUUCUUGCUCAAGUUUCCGACUCCAUCUCGAUCACCGACCCACGCCAUCCGCACCAUACCCUGUCCUGCUUCGCGCACACAUUCGCACUUGCGCUCGUGCGCAUACACCCGCAAACUACCCGCCAUCUUGCGCAUACAUUCGCAACAUACCCGGCCAUCUUGCGCUGCCAUUGCCAACAUCUUGCCACUUGCCCACCGCGACGGUCGCAGUCAUCGCCGCUAUCGCGCCGCGCGCACUCACACCCUGGACCCCAUCCAUACGUGCUCCGUGGCGACGCCCGUCUCAUGGCGUGCCAAGCGGGUGUCACGGUGGGUUGCACGCGACACACCAGCUGCGCCCCGCUCCGCGGUCUUGACGAAUAUCCUGAUCCAUCUUUUCUCC